CCCGGACGUCGUUUAGAGGUCAUGGCGGGCAAGAUGGCGGCGCCCAGGCGGUGAGGGGAGAGGGCGGCGGGAGCAGCGCUGCGGCCAUGAGCGCUGCCCGCCGCUGCAGCCCGCCCCGGGCGCUGGCAGGGUUAUUUGUUUGGCAUCUGAAGAACACUGGAAUACGGCGGGUACCAUGCCAGUUUGUGCAUCUGUGCCGUGUAGCCAAUGGCAGAUUGGUUACAUUUCAGUACUUUAACUUUCUCAAACGAAUGUAUGUAACGCAAUACAACAAAGACCUCAGCCAACGAGCCAAACCCAAGUCAGAUUCAGUUGCAUCUCCUUUUCGUGAGCUUCAGCAAUUGGAUCAAGAAAAAAAGGUUAUACACAAGAUUAGACCAAUUUCACCUGUUCAUCAACCUUUGUCUGAGACAUCAAGCAGAAAUGAGCUGAGAGAAGUGAAAUCAGCUGCAGAAACUGAAGGCUCGGUUGCACCAGUAAGAGCAGAACCCAAAGAAGACAGACAGUGGAAAGAAAUGAAGCUACGUCUGGAUGAUUUGCCAGGAAUUUUGGCACGCUUGUCCAAAAUCAAGCUUACAGCUCUGGUUGUAAGCACGGCGUCUGCUGGCUUUGCCAUGGCUCCGGUCCCUUUUGACCUGACGUGUUUCCUGCUCGCCUCCCUCGGAACCGGACUGGCCUCCUGUGCUGCCAACUCCAUCAAUCAGUUCUUUGAGGUUCCGUUUGACUCCAAUAUGAACAGGACAAAAAACAGACCACUGGUGCGAGGACAGAUCAGCCCCCUGCUCGCCGUCUGUUUCGCUGCCUCCUGCGGAGUCCCGGGCAUCGCCCUGCUGACGCUGGGGGUAAACCCUCUCACCGGCGGCCUGGGAGCCUUCAACAUUUUCCUGUACACGUGUUGUUACACGCCCAUGAAGAGGAUGAGCAUCGCCAACACCUGGGUGGGAGCCGUCGUCGGCGCCAUUCCCCCCGUCAUGGGCUGGACUGCGGCCACCGGUACUCUGGAUGCUGGUGCAUUGCUGUUGGGAGGAAUCCUCUAUUCCUGGCAGUUCCCUCACUUCAACGCCCUGAGCUGGGGUCUGCGGGAAGAUUACUCCCGCGGAGGCUACUGUAUGAUGUCCGUCACCCACCCCGGGCUCUGCAGGCGGGUGGCUCUGCGUCACUGCUUGGCCUUAAUCGGACUCUCAACCCUGGCUCCUGUUCUCGACAUGACCACGUGGACAUUCCCCGUCGUUUCGCUCCCUGUCAACCUCUACAUCUCCUACCUCGCCUUUCGGUUCUACAGGGACGCGGAUCGCAGCAGCUCCAGGAAGCUCUUCUUCUGCAGCCUGUGGCAUUUGCCGAUGCUGCUGCUUGUCAUGUUCACGUGCAAGAAGUCGCUCCUAGACAAGGAAGACAAAGGCGAUCUGCUCGGUGGAGAUCAUGGGAGGGCUGUGGAAAUCAGAUUGCCUUAAAUGUCAAUUGCUUGUCGUCCUCGUGACACAUCAGGUAGUAUAUUUUAGUAAUUACAAGGGGGAAACCUGUGGGGAUGUGUUUGAAGAAGAAUCAUUUGUGCCUAGCGACCACUUCAUGCGAUAAUUUUCUAUUUUCUUCUGAAAGGGAAUAGACACGAGAGCUUAAAGCAUUCACGGCCCUUAGGCUCACUCACUCAUCACGGAUUCAAAUUUAGCCUAUGUCAGAAGCACAUCACUUCGGGGUGGCCUUCUAAAGUCUCCGUGAGUCGUGGCUCUCACCUUGUGGGUAGGUUUUCAGUUCUCAUGCGCACACUUACUGACCGCCAGCACUGCCAGCCUUGGCCACGCCGUCGGGAAGCGACAGAUGAAUGAUUUAUCACCCCUGCUCCCCAAGCAUCCUUUCCAAAUUAAGCUUUGAGGCACGUGGUGGGUUGGGUGAACUCUUGUCUCGAUCCGUGCCGUCCCUGCUCUGUUACUACGCAGAAGCCUUCAAUUUCUGAGGUUUUUUCCAAUCAGUUACUUUUCCCAAGGCUCCCAUUCACCUCGGUAGAUUUUUUAGCUUUCAUACAGCUGGCGCAAUGCUAAAGGAGUACAGCAGACUGUCUUUCAGCACGCUACACACCAGCAGUUAAACAGCCUCCAGAUGAACGGCUCUCCUCUACCACGUACCUUGAACACGCUCUGAGCCAUUCUGCCCUACAUCCAUCCCGGGGAAUUUCCGACUCCCGGGUGGUUUUCCGUCGUUAGGCUUUGAGCCCCGUGUGUCAGAUCUUCAGCUGGUAAAAAUUGCCGUUCCUCUUUGGUGUCAGCGAAGCUUUGAAGAGGUGUGGGAGGCGAGAACCACAUCCCAGAGCCUGGUAGUUUUAAGGCUUUUCUACGCUGACGUGGCUUGUGCCAGCCCACUCAGUGCCAGCGUCCUCAGGCGAGCUCUGGACUUGCAUCAAGAGUUUGAUGAGUAUUUAAUAUCACACUGGGGUGGCUCCGAGAGAAGGCACCUCGCUUUUGGGCUGCGUAAUUGGUUAAGGAAACAAAUUUUACAGAACAAAACAAGUUUGGGAUUUUUCUCUCCUAUUAUAACGUUCAAAUUCCUGAUGCAGCCAGCCUCUCUCAAAAGCAAUUUCUGUGGAUGGUCCCACUAGGAAAAUGCAUUAUCUUGGUUCACUGAUACGCUGAAGAACAUUUCUAGCCCCAGUCUAACGCGCUUGCCGUGCCACCGCGGGGCUGCGGCUAACCCGCAGCCUUCCCGGGCUGGCUGGGACCCGCUGGGAUGCUUCCAAACACGGCGGCAUCCAGGGUAGACGAAGGCUGUGUUACGGUUUAUUGUGGUAGUCAGUGCCUGUUAUGACUUGAUGUGUUUUCCUGCCAAGAUUUCUUUCCCCCGUGGAGAGGGACUGGGCAGCACGGCCGCGCGUCGAUCCAAAGAGGGAGUCACACCUGAAACGGGAGACACUGGCUCUGCUCUCAGCCCGGAUAAAGCCCUUCAGGAAACGUCACAAAUCUGCCACCACGUGCGUAUCACGCCGACAUAAAACCUUCGCUGGCUGCUUUCAUGCUACGAGCCCAACUUCUGGUCCCAGUUCCGCCGGUGUAAAUCAGGAGUGACACGGUUAACCUCUGUUCUGCGGGCGGAGGCGCUCGCCAGAGCAGAGCCACCUGUUUUACGUGGCGCUUAAAUAAAGGGUUUGCAAGAUUUUCGGAGUCUCUCGAGUGAUUGCAGAUGACAGGAUUGGGUUCCCUCUGACUCUUGGUCUGACGGACUCCGUUGUACUCGGGUUACUGCGGGCAACACUUUGUAGAAAUGUCUGGAAACUGUGCGACUCCUCAAUUUGUUUUAAAAAUGCAUCCGGUCUUCUCUGCAAUAAAGUGCGUACUGUACAAAAAAAAAAAAAAUAUGUGAAUGCUCAAAAUCUGUUUUAAACAAUUCGCUUGUGAUCGGAACUCCAGGACAGCUCAGUUAAUUGCAAAGGUAUGUGGUGGUUUUGUGGCAUUUCUCGCAGCAACAAUAUUCUUCUCGAUCGCUGCAAGAGCAAGGACAGCUUGCGAAAUAGGGGUUUAUUGUGCAAAAAGGACGCUGAAAGUAAGUUGGCGUGUGAGUAGAAAGGGUUUGUGGAAAACCGAAGAAUUUGGUCAACCUUUAGCUGGGAGAGGAACCUGAAAAGAGCAGAUGGCGCGCGCAAACCACAGGUUUUGCUCCCAGAGGCAGAAAGUGAUGCUGAAGCAGGAGGGUUGUGGUUUUCUCCGAAGCCAGGCUUGGGGAUGGCCUGCAAGUACGGGGUCUGUCCCGACAAACUCAACGUUGAUUAAAGGUCCCCAGGAGAUGCCUGUGGUUGAGUUUUGAAGAGCAGUCAUCUUCAUUUCUUGGGCCAAAAUGUGUAACGUUCACGGGUUUUAGGGCCAGACAGGAGCUUUAUAAUCAUCGCUGAGUGUCUGCAAAAUGCAGGUCACAGAGUUGCACCAACAUCUCCACACCCAGUUGGGCUGGCCUGGGGAGAGAACAUGGUUUUACAAUGAGUGGAUCUGGGAUUUGAAGGUAAGAAAUACCUUAGUUUUUUAAUUGAAAAAAACAAAGGGGGGGCUUUUUUCACCUAGAAAGCGUUCUCAGCUGUGCUCCAAAGUGGCCAUGUAUCAGGUAUGGCUGAUGUCAUCUGCCGUCAUUUUACUGCCUUUAGGAAUUUUUGCUGUCGCGUGUGCUUUGAAAAUAAAAACAUUGCCAAACUGAAAUCUUGGUUACCGAUGGGUAGUACAGUAUCUGCUCUCGGGUGUCCUUUUCAACUGUGCUGGUGCCACUAUGGAAAUGAAAAAAAUACUGAACCGUCUGUAGGUGUUUGUGGUCCCUGUGACCCUACGUGGAGGAUUAAUGUCAGCCA